GCGGUUACUGAAGCUACAGAUGAUGAUCUAAUCGAGUUUGCUGCUCCACGUCUUGCCAAGUUAGUUAGCCCAUGGGACCAUCUACUUAUGAGGAGUGAGCAAGGUGAUCCGGCCCUGCCUCAAGUACCUCGGCUUGUUCUCGACUAUCUCAGUCUGGCAGGAAAGAUGCGGGCCUUCCUUGGCGAUCAACUUGAACCAAAACUCCGGGUAAGCAUUUCGGAUGCCAUUUUCCCUGCCCCCUCUACAUUAUUAUAUUGGCUUAGUAAAAAUGCCUUUUUGAUGAUCGCGGCCCGAUAUUGA